CUGCGUUCCAACUACAGGAAUAGCGUAAAAAAAAACCAUCCGUUAUCGCAACCUCAGAGUCUACAGAGUCGUGUCCGGCACCAGCAGACACUCCAGCUGUGAGGAACCAGAGUCUUUAUUACACGUCACACGUUCUGUAUUCUCACUGAUUCACUGAAGAUGGAGACGGACUGGAGUAACAGGACUGAGACGAUAAUAAAUAUCACCCUGGAGAUCAUCUACCUGCUGACUGGAGAGGGAUACAUGAUAGUGAAGAAGACAUCUGGUGAGUGUGAGACAUCCAGCAGUCAUCCCCGUGUGUCAGGAGGACUGAAAAGGACCCAGAGCUCCAUCACAGUGCCUCCACCUCACUCACUGAUACACGAGAGACAGGAUGACCAGAAGAUCCUGGAACUCACCAACAAGAUCAUUCAGCUGCUGACUGGAGAGGAGGGGGAGUAUAUAGAGGAACACAGGGGUCUGUACAAGGACGUGAUGAUGGAGAAUCACCGGCCCCUCACAUCACUGGAUGGGCCCAGUAACAGAGAUACCCCAGAGAGAUGUACAGAGGAAAAUCACAGGAUCCCACAGGAGGAUCUGGGAAAACACCUGACUCAUAUAAAGGCAGAAGAUACAGCUGAAGAAGAGAUGUACGUUACUGAUAUAAAGGUAGAAGACAUAGAGGGAGAAGAAGAGAUGUUUGUGACUGAUAUAAAGAUAGAAGAUAUAGAGGAAGAAGAAGAGAUGUAUGUGAGGGGUGAUCAGCAGUGUAAGGAGGAGGAAAUCUCUACAGAUACCAGCACAGAUGGAAGUAACAGAGGGAAUAUCUCGGAGGGAAAUCUAAUUUCAUCUUCGGAGUGUAAAAUAGAAUAUGUGAUUACACGAGAUUCUCCUGGAGAAAACCCUACUGCCCUACUUAUACCUCCAGUACCUCACUGUGUGGAUGUGUCAUCCGGAUCUGCUAAUCAUGGGGAAUUAUCUUCUGAUAACUCUGAUAUUGGUGCAUCUGUUUCAGGUCUUACAGUACACAAAAUAUUUCCGUGUUCUAUAGGAGCUAAAUGUUUUACAAAGAACAGACAUCUUAUUACCCAUCAGCCAGCUAAGGCAAAUGUAAGGUCAUUUCCAUGUUCUUUCUGUGGAAAAUGUUUUACACGGAUAUCAGCUCUUAUUAUACAUGAGAGAAUACAUACAGGUGAGAAGCCAUUUCCAUGUGCUGAGUGUGGGAAAUGUUUUACACACAAAUCACGUCUUGUUACACAUCAGAGAAGUCACACAGGUGAAAAGCCAUUUUCAUGCUCUGAGUGUGGGAAAUGUUUUACACAGACAUCAAGUCUUGUUCAACAUCAGAGAAGUCACACAGGUGAGAAGCCAUUUCCAUGCUCUGAGUGCGGGAAAUGUUUUACACAGAAGUCAUCUCUUGUUAUUCAUCAGAGAAUACAUAGAGGAGAGAGGCCAUUUCCAUGUGCUGAAUGUGGGAAAUGUUUUACACGGAAAUCAGUUCUUAUUAUACACAAGAAAAUACAUAUAGAUGAGAAGCCAUUUUCAUGUUCUGAGUGUGGGAAAUGUUUUACAGAGAAAUCAGAUCUUGAUAAACAUUGGAGAAGUCACACAGGUAAGCCAUUUUCCUGUCCUGAAUGUGGGAAAUGUUUAACACGGAAAUCGGCUCUUAUUAUACAUGAACGAAUACAUAGAGAUGAGAAGCCCUUUUCCUGUUCUGAGUGUGGGAAAUCUUUUACACACAAGGCAUAUCUUGUUACACAUCAGAGAAGUCACACAGGUGAGAAGCCAUUUCCAUGUGCCGAGUGUGGAAAAUGUUUUACACGGAAAUCAGCUCUUAUUAUACACGAGAGAAGUCACACAGGUGAGAAGCCGUUUCCAUGUGCUGAAUGUGGGAGAUGUUUUAUACAUAAAUCACAUCUUAUUACUCAUCAGAGAAGUCACACAGGUGAGAAACCAUUUCCAUGUGCUGAGUGUGGGAAUUGUUUUACACGGAAAUCAUCUCUUAUUAUACAUAAGAGAAUACAUACAGGUGAGAAACCAUUUCCAUGUGCUGAGUGCGGGAAAUGUUUUACACAUAAAUCACAUCUCGUUAUACAUCAGAGAAGUCACACAGGUGAGAAACCAUUCCCAUGUGCUGAGUGUGGCAAAUGUUUUACACGGAAAUCAUCUCUUGUUAUCCAUGAGAGAAGUCACGCAUGUGAGAAGCCAUUUCCAUGUGCUGAGUGGGAAAUGUUUUACACAUAAAUCACAUCUUGUCAGACAUCAGAGAAGUCACACAGGUGAAAAGCCAUUUCCAUGUUCUGACUGUGGGAAAUGUUUUAGAGCUAAACCAUCUGUUGUUAAACAUCAGAAGCUUCACACAGCUAAGAAUGUGUAACAUGGCGUAAGUAAAGCUUGAUAAAACAAUACUUUAUUUAGACAGGUAAAAAUGUGCAUGUUAUUUAUCUUAGAAAUCUCGGUUUGUAUUAUCUUUUUUAUCCAUCCAUGGGGGACGGGGGGGACUGGAUUUUCAUAACGUAUAGGGGUGUGAUUCAGAGAUGCAAUAUUCUACAUCCACUGUAGUGCCCGUUGACGGAGUCAUGGGUGCAAUAAUGCUACUUUCAGCCUUCCCCUUGUGCACUAGCAUGUCCUGGAUAAUGCCAGCCCUGAGAUGUCCAUUUUCUGUGACCCUGUAUUCAGUAGCACCACAGAUAAUUCUAUGGCAGGCGGUGCUUCUAUCUGCUCAUGGGGCCUGAUUCAGGUUUGUUAGCAAAGCAAAGCAGCACACUAAUUGGCAAAACCAUGCUGCACUGCAGGUGGGGCAGAUGUAACAUGUGCAGAGAGAGUUAGAUUUGGGUGGGGUGUGUGCAAAUAGAAAUUAAAUUGCAGUGUGAAAAUAAAGCUGUCCAGCGUGUGGGCUACAUGCAAAAGCAGCUGGUAUUUACCCUGCACAGAAAGACUAUAACCCACCCAAAUCUGAAUCUCUCUGCACAUGUUACAUCAGCCCCACCUGCAGUGCAACACGGUAAUGCCCAGUUGUGUAAUUUUUAUUUGCUUUACAUACAAACCUGAAUCUCUCUCUUUCCCAACUAGGUCAAAGUCGCAUAUGUCUGGCUUUAACCCAGUUACCCAUGUUUGGCUUCCCCAAGAUGCAGUCACCAUGUCAACAGUGACUAUGUCAGUAUUCAUAAUGUUGACACCAAAAAGGUUGACAUUUUAAAAACCGCUGGAAAUUGAAGAUUUCACAGAUCCUUGAUAAAUAAGCCAUUCUGUUGGUGCUUAUCUUGUAUCUCUACGUUUGUACCCUGAGGAAGUGCUCUUAGGUCAGUCUGUUAUCUUAGCUAGGAUCCUAUUGUACCAUUGAUAAUGAUGAUAAAAGAACAUGUGAUCCAGCACUUGGGUAACUAACAUAGAGAUGCUUCCAUGAAACCUUCUGAAGAAGCCACCGAUCACAUAUAGAAGAAAGGAAACGCGUCAAUCUAAUACCUGCUGGUACGUCUUCUUACAUAUGGGCUGCACUGUUGGAACUCUUCGCUCUGGAGAAGGCUGCAUGGUUGGGAUCAGCACCAGCGGCCGGUAGGUGGACUGAAGCCUUACCCAUCUGAAGAGAGAAGCUUAAGAGUUGGUAAAGAUAGCUAAGUAUACUAUUACCUGGCCAGGAAUAGACUAAGAAAUAGGUAAUUAUACCACAUAUCAACCUCUACUAACAAACAUUGGCAUUACAUUAACUUUGUAGCUAUAAAUACUAAUCCAAGUGACCGUGGUCUCUAUUCUGUUGCCUCUGGAGCUUAUAUUGUUGCCAUACUGGCCUAUGAUUGCUAAUAACAAUUGCUUUAUAUGCUAAUUGUAUGUCAUCUUACAUGGAAACAUCUUUAUAUUAGUUACCCAAAGGCUGGAUCACAUGGGGAUCACUGGAUGUGCGGGAUGCCCGGUUGAUAUCAGACAUGGUUUUGCCUUGUAAGUAAUUGACCCUUCGGCAAUCUCAGACUCCAUUACACCCCGCUGAUAGUGUGCUUUAUCUGCAAUAGAAGUAUUAGUGUGUAUCAAUAUAUUUGUCAUUCCUGUUGCUCUUUUAAGUCUUAUAAUACAUUGGAUGUGUAUAUUACCGGCUGGUACUUAUGUAAUAUUGUUUUAUAUUGUGUAACAUUAACAUAUCUGAAUGCGAAUACCUUCUUCCACCAGGGCUAUCAUGUUUCGAGACCAUCUGGCGAUUACUAUUCCCAGUAAGAUAUCUAGGGCACGGCUGUGGACUUAUGACCUACUCUCCGUGUGAGGUAUGAUCUCGCUGGUCAUAUCACAUACAGGUAUUCAGGGGGAGUCCACUAAUUCCCCUUUCAGACAUGUGACCCAGGAAUUUGCUGGGUCUAGCAGCCAUCAAAUUCCCAGGUCUCCACUCCAUGACCCUGGUCGGGCACCCAGGACUUAGUCCUGGGUUGUGUCCUUUAAAACAUGCAGAGAUCCCAGAUUGAUGCGCGUUCACGUGCUUAAUCCCAGGAUUUAGCUGGGGUGUAGAAGAGAGGCCGUGACCUGUCUAAAGUUAUCGGCAGAAGAGGGAAGCUGGACCAGAAGGUGUGUAACAACCAUAGAGCCACAAAAGAGGCUGCUACAGGGACCAUUCUUCAUGGACAGGAAUAUAAAAGAGCCAGUAAUACUGUUAGGCUUCAUAUGUGUUUGCUCAAUGUUAGUGUAAUCUAUGGUUAUUUAAUGUAUUGUAACGGUUUUUAUUAACCUCAAUGUGUAUAAUAA